GCUCAGUAGUAGCAACCCGUCGUCGCUGCUCACCUUUCGGGGUGACUUCCCUUCUUGUGCUGCGCUGUACCUACAAGUAGAGACGAUAUCCACUAUUCUCAUUCUCCCCGCUCACGACGCUGCCCCCCGAAGACUGGUCCCCGACUGUCCGCUGGCUCCGCUGAUAUCGACGCUGGUCAAACGGACGCACCCCCUCGUCCAGGUCCACAUGCCGCGAGCUGGCUGUAGCUGUCUGUCUGGCAGGCGGCCGCUCACCAGUGACAGUGGCGCACGCGCACGAGCAGCGGAGGAGGGUACGUGGGCGAGCCGCGAGUGUCUCGCUGAGGGAAAGUUUGAGCGUCGGGUUUCCGUGUUUGGUUGGUUCGUAUGGUGCCGUGACUGACAUAACAGAAGUGACCCUGUGUAGUAGCAGCCACCAUGGCAGAAGCUCACCAGGCGGUGGCCUUCCAGUUCACCGUCAGCCCGGAUGGCAUCGACCUACAGCUGUGCCACGAGGCUUUACGCCAGAUCUACCUCUCUGGCCUCCACUCCUGGAAGAAAAGGUUCAUUCGCUUCAAGAAUGGGGUAAUGACUGGUGUGUACCCGGGCAGCCCUGGUGGGUUCAUGGUAGUGGUUGUGUCCUACAUGUCCUACAAUCAAUAUAGACGGCUGGACCCCUCUAUGGGCUUGAUUGCCAAGCUGGGUCAACACAUGCCCAUCAGUCGAUACAUGUCCACUGACAGCCAGAGGAUAGUUGGAGGGGUUCUGGUGGGCACGGGCCUGUGGGUCACCAUAAUCAUGAUUAUGAGGAAUGUCCUAAAGUCCCUGUUGUCGUGGCACGGCUGGAUGCAUGCCCGCCAUGGCUCUGUGUCCUGGUCUACUCGUCUGUGGCUGAUAUUAGUGAAGGUGUUCUCUGGCAGGAAGCCAAUGCUCUACAGUUUCCAGAACUCUCUGCCACGACUACCUGUUCCCACUAUCAAGGACACCUGCAGAAGGUACCUGGAGUCAGUGCGUCCACUGAUGGAGGAUGAGCGGUAUGAACGGAUGGAGGGCUUGACUAAAGACUUUGAGAAGAAUCUGGGCCCGAGACUGCAGUGGUACCUCAAACUCAAGUCCUGGUGGGCCUCCAACUACGUCAGUGACUGGUGGGAAGAGUACAUUUACCUGAGAGGCCGUGGGCCCAUCAUGGUCAACAGCAACUAUUAUGCCAUGGACUUCCUGUAUGUGUUCCCCACCUCCAUCCAGGCUGCCAGAGCAGGAAAUGCCAUCCAUGCUAUCAUGCUCUACAGGAGAAAACUGGACAGAGCCCAGGUCCAACCUCUCAUGCUCCUACACACUAUUCCCAUGUGCUCAGCCCAAUACGAGUGUAUGUUCAACAGCAGUCGUGUCCCAGGUGUAGAAACAGACGUCCUCCAGCACGUGAACGACAGCAAACACAUCGCUGUGUAUCACAAGGGCCGGUUCUUCAAGGUGUGGAUGUUUUAUGACGGGCGGUUGCUGUUGCCACGGGAGAUAGAGCAGCAGAUGGAGAGGAUCUUGGCCGACAGCUCUGAGCCACUGCCAGGAGAGGAGAAACUAGCUGCACUUACUGCAGGGGACAGGACCCCGUGGGCCAAAGCUCGAGAAACCUACUUCGGCCGUGGUAAGAACAAGAACUCUCUGGACGCCAUCGAGAAGGCAGCCUUCUUUGUGACCCUCGAUGACACUGAGCAGCGCUUCGAGGAAGACAACCCGGUCAAGUCUCUGGACAGCUAUGCCAAGUCCCUUCUCCACGGAAAGUGCUACGACAGAUGGUUUGAUAAAUCCUUUAACCUGAUAGUCUUUAAGAACGGCACCAUGGGACUGAAUGCAGAGCAUUCCUGGGCUGAUGCUCCAAUCAUCGGCCAUCUCUGGGAGCAUGUUCUUUCCAUGGAUCCUUUGAAGUUGGGGUACACUGAGGAGGGUCACUGCUGUGGGGAGCCCCACCCCAACCUGCCAGGUCCUCAGAGGCUGUCGUGGGACGUCCCUGCUGAGUGCCAGGAGGUCAUCCAGAGCUCUCUGACAGUGGCCAGGAAUCUGGCUGAUGAUGUGGACUCUCACAUUUUCCCCUUCAUUGACUUUGGCAAGGGUCUGAUAAAGAAGUGCCGCACCAGCCCUGAUGCCUUCAUCCAGAUCGCCCUGCAGCUGGCUCAUUACAGGGACAAGAAGAAGUUCUGCCUGACAUACGAAGCCUCCAUGACGCGUUUGUUCCGUGAGGGCCGGACAGAAACUGUGCGCUCCUGCACCCUAGAGACUUGUGCCUUUGUCCGUGCCAUGAUCGGAGAUGAGACCAGAGAAGAGUGUCUCAGUUUGCUCAAACUGGCAGCGGAGAAGCACCAAAACAUGUAUCGUCUAGCAAUGACGGGAGAGGGCAUCGAUCGCCACCUUUUCUGCCUCUAUGUGGUCUCCAAAUACCUCGGAGAAGACUCCCCCUUCCUCAAGGAGGUCCUCUCUGAUCCAUGGAGGCUGUCCACCAGUCAGACGCCCCUGCAGCAGGUUGAGCUGUUCGAUCUGGUCAGACACCCCGAGUAUGUGUCCUCCGGAGGUGGAUUUGGUCCAGUGGCUGAUGAUGGUUAUGGUGUCUCCUACAUCAUCGUUGGUGAGAACCUAAUCAACUUCCACAUCUCCAGCAAACACUCAAGCCCAGAAACUGACUCUCACCGUUUCGGCGCCAACAUCCGACAGGCCAUGCUUGACAUACUAGAUCUCUUCCAGCUUGAAAAGAAAACCAAGUGAUACGCCCUCUCAAUGGGUGGCAUUAACAGAAUAAGUUGUUUUUAGCGAGUAUUCUUUCUGAGGUUUGUACAGAAUCAAAUAUUGGAUUUUGGGUUAAUUGAUGUUACAGAAAUAAGAAUGAUUGAGAGUUUUUGUCAAUCUGUUUGUGUGGCGGUUAUGCGUACUGCAUGUAUAGGCAAGGUGAGAUACUGGUGUUAUUGGGUAACGGUAGUGCACAGAUAAAAAUGUGGCUUCACAGGACUGUUCGCAUGGGUGCCUUAGUGACCCACUAAUUUAAAAAGGGAGGGGGAAAUUAGAGCUCUUGUCUUGUAUUGUCUGUAUUACCACACUAAAGGACAUGACGGCUAAAGGAAACACAUUUUGAAGUCAAGAAAUGGUGCAAUAUUUGUAUUGGUUUCUGUCCCACUUUUGAAAAUCGUAUACAUUUAUUUAUUUUUCUUUCAAAUUGCAGUCAUGUCAAAGCAGCAUAUUUAAUAUCACCAACAAAUUGCAUGUUGAACGGUGUUGAUUCAUUUCAUAUGGCUCAGUUUAAAUGCAGAGUCUGAUUUUCUAGACGGAACAAUUGUAUCCACUAAUGUUAUUGCUAUGGAGGCCAGAAAGAGUAAAUCAGUUGAUCUGUAAUAACAACAAUUACAAAUAUUCAGCUUUUGAUCUGGAACGUGACCCUGUAACUGAGGUCCUGGAUACCAACCCAGAAUACGGGGAGAUAAUCACGGAUCAACAAGCUGCUAUGAUCUCAUGAUGCGGUGUCAAAGCACAUCGUGCUUGUAUUUGUGUGUUUGUCCUUUUCAUACUCAGGUUUUUCUUUUUGACUUGGCCUAACAUUCUCGGGGUGCUGGCGACCGCAUUGGAAGAUUAGUGCUUCUGUUGCAGAGUGAAUGUGCAACAGAAGAUACUGAGAUGCAGUACAACGCCAUGUGACCCCGAUGUGCUGGUGCGUAGUGCAACAUAAAGUCUGCUUCUUGUGUAAAAACAAAAGAGUGGGUUAACAGUACUUCAACGCCGUUGUGCACUCCAUGACUCCAAACUAACAAAUUCCCAACUACCUUGGGAGCCUUUCGUCAGAUCAACAUGAGAUGCAAACCUCUGAGCAAACGGGUUGCCAGUUACAACAUAAUAUUUGUUGGUAUUUCAACUGUCAAAAUGAGGUGCAGAAUCUAGGUUGUGAUGUCGCCAGUGAAGUACAAACUCUUUUUCUUUUUUUUUCCCUCCUCAGAGUAAUACUUAAGAAGAUGUAGAGGGGCUGUCGAGUAGGAAUGCAUUUCUGUUAUGUAUAUGUUGUCAGUUCAUCAUAUUUAUUUUUUUUCCAUGUUUAAACUUCUUUAUUAAAAACAAACAUGUAUAUUUUACCAGUUGAAUGUGGCGAAUGAUGAGCACUAAGUUAAAGCUUUGCUGAUUUUUAAGGUGUGAAACAGAAAAUACUUCCUUUUUUUUUGACAUGACAGUUUUGUUCUCACAGACUUUGCAAGUACAGUUUUUAUCUCAAUAGACCUGCUGCAUGUUUUGUUUUGUUUGUUUGUUUUUUGAAGAUGAAGCUGUAUAUGUUUGCCUUUUAAUUCAAAGAUGGUGUAAAAAGACAAGCAGCUGGUAUACCAAAAUUAGUUUUAACAAUAAAGUGAAUGUCAGACAGCUGUAUCA